UCUAUCUCGGGGUUUUGUUUUCUGCGUGUGAAUGAAAAGUUACACAACUUUCCAUGGCAACAAUGGCGUGGGUUUGUGUAAAAAGUCUAUAAAUUAGGGGUUGUCAUGGGGAAGUGAGGCAGUCGUUGUCAUGGCGUUUUACUACUCCGUUGUUGCUGUUUUCUGCGUUGCAACCAUCUUCCUGCCCACCCCAAUUAAUGGCGGGUUUGGUUCCUCCACCUACAAUUCCGGCGCGGGGGAUCGCGCUUUAGGAGAAUUGCGCGGAAAUGAGAACAUCGCCACCUACUCAGCCCAAAGCGCAGUCGCCUCCGCCGUGGGACGUGACUAUGCCAACCAACUCUCGACCACGUCUCAAUUCGCCUCACAAUUCACGGCCCCCGUUACCAAGCAACAAGCGAGCGAGGCCUUCAACGCAGUGCGACAUCAACAACAAGGGUCGCUAAUUUCCGCCGCGCUCGCAAAUGCAGCGCCCGCUAUUAAUCGCGCGGGGGAGGGCGCGGCGCGGGAUAAUUUCAAUCAGGCCUAUGCCAAGGCGGAGGGCGACCGUCUCCAUGGAACCUUCCAUGAUCGUCAACAACAAGAAAUGGUUUAUCUCGCGGGCUCCGCCCUCGCGGCGCAACAGCAGCAAGCGCAGCAGGCGGCGCACUACCGCGACGCUGCGAAAACGAGUCAAACGCGCACGAGCGCUGCAGCGAUCCAAGCGAUUCACGGGAUUCAAGAGCGAGAUCGAAACGCGGGAGGUUAUGGCGGGUGAUGGAGGAAUUCAAAUUUUUAAAUUUUUUUAGCGGGAAAUAAUGGCGGGAAAUUUAAUUUAAAAAUAAAUUUAUAACAAAAAGAGUAAUAAAAAAUAUGAUAAAUUAAUAA